AUGGCCUCCUUAGCCUCCCAAGCCGCACGAUUUGGGUGCAAAUUGAACGACGCAUCGCUAUUAACGACUCAAGGCUUUAUCGACGGCCAAUGGCAGGAUGCGCCUUCUGGGGAGAGCUUCCCUGUUUAUGAGCCAGCCUCAGCCACUGUUCUCUCGAAUUGUUCGAGUUUCAGCAGAAGAGACAUUAUUCGAGCUAUUACAAGUGCAAAUAAGGCGCAGAAGAGAUUUCAUGCAUUGACUACAGCCUCUAAGCGCGGUGUGCUCUUGAGAAAGUGGAAUGACUUGAUUCUACACAACUCUGACGAUCUUGCACAGAUACUCAUGCUUGAGAACGGCAAAACUUUCGAAGAGGCCAAGAAUGAAAUCAUAUAUGCUGCUUCCUACGUGGCAUGGUUUGCGGAGGAGGCGACUCGUUCGUACGGAGAUAUCAUCCCAUCGUCCAUUCCUGGUGCGACUUUAUUCACAGUCAAAGAACCAAUCGGUGUAUGUGGCAUCAUUACGCCAUGGAACUUUCCUGCAGCCAUGAUAACGAGGAAAGUCGCACCCGCUCUGGCCGCGGGGUGUUCUGUUGUGGUCAAGCCCCCCAGUGAAACACCAUUCACAGCUUUAGCACUGACAAGACUGGCCAUGAAGGCCGGUAUACCCCCGGACUGUAUCCAGGUGGUUCCGACAAGGGACCGUUCAGCCGCGUCGGAGCUGGCUUCCAACCCUCUUGUGAGGAAACUCAGCUUUACGGGAUCUACAAAUGUUGGAAAGAUGCUUGCGGGACUAGCAUCCAAGACGAUGAAAAAGCUUAGCAUGGAAUUGGGGGGCAAUGCCGCUUUCAUCGUCUUUGAAGACGCCGACCUCGAUCUGGCGGUCGAGGGCGCCAUGAAGGCCAAGUUCCGGGCGUCGGGACAGACAUGCGUUUGCGCCAACCGGCUCUUUGUACAUGCGUCCGUCGUCGACGAAUUUUGCAAGUGCUUGGCAGAAAAGGUAGCGCAGCUGAAGCUGGGCUUUGGCCUACAUCAGGGGGUCACACAGGGGCCUCUUAUCAACAAGUCGGCGCUCGAGAAGGUUGCUUGGCAUGUGCAAGACGCACUGAACCUAGGCGGUGAGCUCGUGUUUGGUGGGAAACGUCCCGCUGAGCUUGGUGAUGGCUACUUCUUCCAACCCACUAUUAUAAAGAAUGCCACGAUGGUCAUGGCGGUCGCUCGCGACGAGACGUUUGGCCCUCUUGCUGCCGUCUUCUCUUUCAACAGCGAGCAAGAGGUCAUACAGCUCGCAAACAGUACCGAGUUUGGGCUAGCAGGCUACUUUUACUCUCGUGACAUCCAUCGAGUGUUUCGAGUCGCGCAAGCUCUUGAGGUUGGAAUGGUAGGCGUGAAUACCGGGGUUAUCAGCGCCGCCGAGAGUCCAUUCGGGGGCGUCAAGGAGAGUGGAUAUGGGAGAGAGGGGAGCAAGUAUGGUCUUGCAGAGUACCAGGUCUUGAAAUCGGUAACUGUGAGAUCGGGGAAAUUGUGA